CUGUGUGUUGGUGGUGGUUUGUACAAGUUAGAAGCCUUACUUUCCUCACAGCGUUCAAAAGGAAAACAAACCAAAAACAUACAUGCUUUUAUUUUUUGUAACCAGUUAAUUUUUUUGAGAAUUUUUUUUCUCUUGAUUGAAAGAGAAAGUGAGCUAUUUAGCAGUGAAACUGCCCUGUUCUAAAGAGUGGGCUCCUGAGUUAAGAGAAGGCAGCUGCCUCAGCCCCUACCCUCCAGCAUAGUGUGGGACUGAGCCCCUGAAGUGCAUCAGACUGCCCAAAUCAAAUUGCUCACUUAAUAAUUAAUGUUCCUGCAAUGGAAUCGCUUUCUCUCUGGAGGUUGGCUUUCAGAUUUACCAGACAUCUGACAACACUGCACCCCUUAUUCUCGACACAAGACCUCAGCUUCUGCUUUAAAAAACAUCUGAAUAAAGGAUGCUUUUGUUCAUCCCUCGCCUGCCUGUGAUAUAGUGAUAAAGUGUCUGAUGGCUGAAUGGAAUAGUUUUACAGUAUGAGUGCUGCUUUCAGCAGAGGGGCAGGGCUUGGGCUUUAGGAGGAAGUGAAUUGGAUAGGUCAGGAGAAUGUACCAUUUGUAAACACCCCUUUCCUUUUUUAUUCACGUGUCAGGACAGCAACGGCAGGCUGCUGAGUGUCCACCCCUGCACAGAACCAGAGGGAAAGCAGCUCGGACUUGAGCUGUAGUUUUUAAACAUUGCUCUUGAUUACUCGGGAGUGAUUGUCAAGUCCUUGGACUUGCGUUAGAAGCUGUUUGGAAACUAACAUGGUUUAGUCCACUAACUGCAUGUUGGGUAAAUUCAAAACCCACAUGCUCGUCCUCUUGCAGUGGAAUAAGUCACAUCUGAUGGACAUUUUCUGUGCUUAUAGCAUAGUAAUGAACGUCUGACAGGCGCGACCUUUCAUAAGACAACCCACACUAUUGGCUUUCUGCCCAGAAUAUUGCUGCAACACUAUCUGUGAUUGGUUAUCUCUCUAUCAUGCAUUGCUUCACAAGGGGAAACGGCCCCCUUUUUAAUAAAUCUACGAUGGCUGGCUGCAAUAUGCCUCACUGUUGGUACUGAGAAGUGCCUUUCCUGACGUCUCUGCUGCUUGGAACCGCUUCUAGAGCAGCCUCUGCUUUUGCCUUGCUUGCUGCCAGCUAGACUGACGACAGCACAUCCGCCCUCCACCUCUAGCCCAGACACCCCAUUUCUACUUCUAAUCAGGAGAAAAGCUCUGAGUAUCUGCCAUUGCCCUAGGCUGCUUUAGUUUAGAAGAAAAGUUUGCUGAAAAAGUAAGAUACCUUCUGCCAGGAAAUCAAGGAGGAAAAAAAAAAUCAUUUUCUCGAUUUUGCUCUAAACUGCUGCAUCUGUCUAUGCCAAACUAAUCAAUACCGAUUGCACCACCAAACUCCAUCGCAAAUCAGCUGUGAGGAGAUUCCCUGUCAGACAACUUUGCUGAAAGCAGCUUGGAAAUUCGGUGUCAAAGGGUCUGCCACGUUUUCAUGCUUGCAUUUUGGGCUCCAAAUUGGCACUGGGAAGGGGUUACUGAGCACAAGGCUGAUUCCAGGCCCUCCUCUAAACACCCAUCUACUUACAGUCCUGGUAUUUCUCUCAAAACCAAAACCUCUUUGAAUUAACAGUUUCAUGCUGUGAAUUUCUAGCGGAGGUCUUUCCCUUGAUAUUGAAGUCACACUUUUCCAUGUGCCGUUAAAUCGGGGACGGGGGAAGCAGCCUUUCGGACAUUUUCCCAGUUAUCUCACACUUCUGAGUUUUAUCAGUUCCUAUUUUGUUUAGUUUUUGUCUUUUGUUUUGGUUGCUGAUUUUUUUCUUUUUUUCUUUUUUCUUUUCUUUUUUCUUUUUUUUUUUUUCCUUUUAUUUUUGAGAGGGGUUGGGUUUGUUGGUUUCAUUGAACAUUUAACUACCUGUAAAAUAUAAACAUGGCUGUUAGUGUCACACCAAUUCGGGACACAAAAUGGCUAACACUGGAAGUAUGUAGAGAGUUUCAAAGGGGGACUUGCUCACGACCAGACACGGAAUGUAAAUUUGCACAUCCUUCGAAAAGCUGCCAAGUUGAAAAUGGACGAGUAAUCGCCUGCUUUGAUUCACUGAAAGGUCGUUGCUCCAGAGAGAACUGCAAAUAUCUUCAUCCACCCCCACACUUAAAAACACAGUUAGAGAUAAAUGGGCGGAAUAACUUGAUCCAGCAGAAGAACAUGGCCAUGCUGGCCCAGCAAAUGCAGUUAGCCAAUGCCAUGAUGCCCGGGGCCCCGUUGCAGCCCGUGAACAUAAUGCAACAAUCAUUCCAAAAAAGAGGGGGGGAUUGCAUUUCGAGGUGGGAGGGAUCCCCAUAUUACACCGGCAGUGAUACCAAUUAUCAAUACUGUACAGUCGAGCCAAUGUUUUCAGUUGCACCAAGCUUAGCCACCAAUGCAUCAGCAGCCUUUAAUCCUUACCUGGGGCCUGUUUCCCCAAGCCUGGUUCCAGCAGAGAUCUUGCCGACUGCACCAAUGUUGGUCACGGGGAAUCCUGGAGUUCCAGUGCCAGCAGCUGCUGCAGCUGCUGCACAGAAGUUAAUGCGGACAGACAGACUGGAGGUGUGUCGAGAGUACCAGCGUGGCAAUUGCAACAGAGGAGAAAACGACUGUCGGUUUGCUCAUCCCGCUGACAGCACAAUGAUUGAUACCAAUGACAACACAGUCACUGUCUGCAUGGAUUACAUCAAGGGGAGAUGCUCUCGGGAAAAGUGCAAAUACUUCCAUCCUCCCGCACACCUGCAAGCCAAGAUCAAGGCUGCCCAAUACCAGGUCAACCAGGCUGCAGCAGCACAGGCUGCAGCUACUGCAGCUGCCAUGACUCAGUCGGCUGUCAAAUCACUGAAGCGACCCCUCGAGGCAACCUUUGACCUGGGAAUUCCUCAAGCUGUACUUCCCCCAUUGCCAAAGAGGCCUGCUCUUGAAAAAACCAACGGUGCCACCGCAGUCUUUAACACUGGUAUUUUCCAAUACCAACAGGCUCUAGCCAACAUGCAGUUACAGCAGCAUACAGCUUUUCUCCCACCAGGCUCAAUAUUGUGCAUGACACCCGCUACAAGUGUUGUUCCCAUGGUGCACGGUGCUACGCCAGCCACUGUGUCCGCAGCAACAACAUCUGCCACAAGUGUUCCCUUCGCUGCAACAGCCACAGCCAACCAGAUACCCAUAAUAUCUGCCGAACAUCUGACUAGCCACAAGUAUGUUACCCAGAUGUAGAGCUGUCGUCACAAAACAAUCAUACAAAGAGGAAAGGACAGUGUGCUUGAUUAGAGUAAGGACGACGUCAUUAGCCAUAUUGUAUAUACCGUCAAGCAACACAUACAAAAAUCCCUCAGCCACAAGACAUCCACAUAUUGCAUGUUAACCAGAAGAAACGACAACAUGGGAACCUGCUGCACACUGUUGCCUACACACUUUGUACAUUCAAUUGGUAUUUGUGCUGAGGUGAUAUUCCUAUCUAAAACAACAACAUUGUCUUUCUUUUGUAGCACAGAGUUAUGCAUUAAAAUAUGCAUACAUAAUUAGUUUCCUAUAUAUUCAUGCCAUCUUGAAAAGACAGACUAUGGUGUGACCAUGAUUCUAUUAUGUAUUGGUACGUCUGUAGACCAAGAUAUAAUUUUUUAAAAAUAAGUUUAUUUCUUUCAAGGUUUACAAGUAACAAAGGUGCACCUUGUAUUUAAAAUCGCCGUUAGAGCUGAGAGCGCGCAUGCAGAGUCAUUUUUGUUUAAGAGUAAUAUUUUUACUGUAAUAGAUUGUAAGACAUGGUGAGGGAGGGAACUGACAGAGAUGAAUGUGCCAAGCAAAACCACAACUGUGUAUAUUUUAAAGCACAUCAUGGCUUUAAGUACCAUGUUGUUAAGGAUUCUCAUGAAGUGCCAUAGACUGUACAUCAAAUUAGAGUAUUAUUUCUUCAGUGUUAUUGUUUCUGGAGCCACAUUUUGUUGCUUAUUUGCUAGUACUAAUCAAUCAAAGGGCACCAUUCUUUUCUUUUUUGUUUUUGAAACCAAAGCUGUCUCAGAAAUGGCCAGUUUAACUUUACAGUAACAAUAGACAGCACAACACAAACCCAAUACAGAUAACCUUUCACAUACUGGAGAUAUAUAUGAUAGAUAUAUAAAAUUAUUUUAAUGCAUUGUAGUGUAAUAUUUAUGCAUACUCUACUAUAUAACAAGUUAUUCAAAAGGGAUAUGCCAUUUCUGAGACACAAUAACAAAAAAAUGUUUGAGGAAAUUAUUUUGCUUCUAUUUAUAGCCUCUGUCAAAAGUCAAAAGACUAUAAAUGCUUUGCAGAAAUGGGUUCACGUUUGCUUAAACGCUUCAUCACAGUCACAUUCAAAAUAGUGACUCUAAACAAAGAGAAGAGCACUGUCAUCAGAUGCAUGAUAAACCAAAAUAUGAAAAUGGGAAAUGUUUAAUUAACCUAGUAAUUGGGUGGGUUAAGUACAUGGGUGAAUUUUAUAUGUGAUUCUUUUGUUCAGAUUAACUGCUUAUAGCCUUAGAAAGCCUUUUAAAAAAUUUUAAAAAUAGAUGUGCAUUCAGUUUUUAAGAAUGGAUUCAUCCAAAGGAAUUCCCCUUUUUUGUGGUUUGGAUGUUGCAGCUAGUAAAGGAUAUUUUUGCUCUGUUCAGCAGUUCUAAAAUCGCUGAGUAGGGGCCAGGUCACUGGCAGUUCUAGUGUGGAAUGGGAGAAGUGAGAGUUCUGUUAUAGAACUUUCCAUACUUCCAAGUUUACUGCAAGUUUUUAUGCUUGAGAGAGAUGCUUUCUAAUAUAAGACUGAUGUGUUGAUUUUCCUGAUUGUACUGUACAUCUAUUAAAGCCUUAGAUUAUUACAUUACGGGUUGGAACCCAUACCAAUGUAAUUUCAAUCGUGUUAAGAGAGUAAUGGUGACUUCACAUGUUAUUGUAGUUAGUUACGUUCUAGAAUAUUACUUAUUUUUCUUGUUAAAAUGUAGUUUUUCAUUUCCUACAUUUAUUAGAUUUUCAUUUUCUAUUAACAGUUGAAUACCAUUUCAGUUUUUAGACUAUUGUUUUAUUAGAUUUUACCAAUGAAUUUUUCAAAAUACAAAAAAAUUAAAGUAGUUUUUUUCUUCAUAACAUACUCAGUUUUAAAUUACAUGUAGUGUCAUAUGAAUAUCCGUAUUAUUGUUAACUAAAUGAUUUAUAUUUUACUGAUUUAAUAUUACAGUGUAAGAAUGUCAGUCAUUGUUCUUGUCUAGUUUUCAUUAAAAGAACAAAGAUCUUUUAUAUGGAUAUCUUAUAAAUAUAUAAUCAUUGCUAAGUAAGAAGUUAAGUUGUUGCUAUGGCAACAAUCCUGGCAGACAAUUGAGUAAUAUUUUGAUGAUUUAUUUUGUUUGUAAUUAGUUAUUAUGAGAAGAUCUAGAUCCUAGAUAUUAGAAUAAAAUUUAUUUUCUACUGUAUCCAUUUCAAAUGUUAAAGUAUUGUUUAAUAUUUUUGAAAUCCCUGAAUAUCAGGCCUUGUUAUAAAUAAGCUGCAUAAUCAAUAACUAGAACAAGGGACUUUUUGUUGAUAAUCCAAAUACUCAAAGUUUACGUAAUGAGAAUUUUAGCGUGUGUGCAAACUCUUGAGGGUUGAUGAUGCUGCAAUUUAGCAUGUUGGAAAGUCUAGAGAGAAGGUUGACUUUUUGCACUUCUGUAUAUAGUCAAAAGAGAGAAACCUGUAUAAUAGCAAGAUCUUAUUUUGAAUAAAAACGUCUAUAAUUACAAGGAGUUUUGUUAAGGCUAAUGAAAUGACAGACUGAGCAAAAUUGCUUGCAAAAGUGGCACAGAGUUAGCACUCCAUACCCUUCAAACACGUCGCUUUGCUUUUUGUGGACAGCUUGUAGUUUGCCAGGAUUUUUCAGCUGGAAAGAUUUGCCAUCCUUCCAAGAUCUCAUGACUGACAAAACUCCAUUGGGCCAAAUCUGCCUGAAGAUCAUUACCAAAAAAUAGCAGGUACUUCAGCCACUAAGAUGAAAUCAUGGAUCAGAUAUUCCUUACAUUGUUUUCAAAACUACUGCAUGUUUAAAACUUCAACAAAAAGAGAGAAAGAACUAUGCUAAGGACAUAUAUUAUUCAGAUCGAUAUCUACCAAUUUCAGUUUAAUGUUCACAAAAUGAAAUCUUGAAAACAACUAUUGACUUUCACAAAAUUUUAACCAUAAACAGGCAAACCAAACAGCACACCUGUAGUUGUUCUGAUUGUUUUUUAAUUGCUGUAGAUCAUGUUCUUUCCGCAGGUGAAAAAAAAAAAAAAAAAGAAGUUCAAAUUUCACAGUUUUAAUUUUCAACUCAGAAGCACUCAAAAGAGCAAAAUGUGACAAUGGCCACUUGUUUAAUGACUUGGUUGCCCAGCUGUCACUGCAGCUGGCUACUAAUGUUGCACUUACCAGCAACCCACCCACCUUCAUCUGCCGAAAGGACAGUGAGCUUGGUUUUAUGAUUAUGUAAUCACAACUUACUUUCUGCUUGUAGUUGCUUAAAAUUAUGUAUUUUGUCUAGGGCUGCAAUUUGUUUUAUGCUUACUUUAUUAUUACUGCAGUAGUUGACUUUGCUGUAUGGAAAAAUAAAGCGAAAUUGCCCUAAUAAAACUUCUCUUUCUUAAGUA